UUUACUGCUAAAGACGUCGCGAAUUAUUCCAAGUUUGGUGACACGCCUUAAAUACGACCAUGUCAUAUCCAACGCGACCGAUUUCCUCGCAUAUGCGCGCACCGAGCGCGUCGGCUUCAUCGAGUGGACAGUCACCAGCAUUAUUAGCGCGAAUCGAGGAGAAAAAGGCCGAGCUCGAAAACCUCAAAGAGCUUCGAGAGCUCAGCGCAGCGGUCGCAACACAAAUGGAAGCUUUGGAACAGAAACUCUCGACUCUUUCCGAUGGAACAGAGGCAAUUGCAGCCGUUGUUGGAAACUGGCAUAAUGUGCUACGUGCCAUCAGCAUGGCUUCUUCUAAAUUAGCCAAGACGGCAGCCGAUCCUACAAACGCAUCGGAAGAUUCAACAGGGCCUCUGCCUCAAACUCUAGUCCGAAUUCCAACAGAACAUGCACCAGCUCUGCAAGCCCAGGCAGAAGCUGCAGAAGCCGCAGCCGAGGAAGAAGAGUCAUGAACAGACUUGAUCAUGGUCAAAACUUACGAAAGUCGACAUAUCUUCCGGCAGUCUGUAGGGUGCCUUGCGAUUCAUGGGUGCUUCUAUGGGGAUAUGCUACAGGCAACAUCUAUUUGAUAGACACCGCAAGCUCCUUGCCACCUCCACGAGGUUGAUUUUGGAUAUUGGCAUCCUUGAGCCAGGCAGCAGCAAUCACUUGCAGUUCCCAACUAUCCUCAGCACAGUAUUCUGCGAUCACGCCCCGAUGAUAAGAUGAUGCCUCGACUGCCACCCGGGAUCUAUAGGACGGGUGAAGUCAUGUCUGGGAGGGGGCUUCCGGAUGAAUAAGUGUUCAUCACGAAGGAUAAGAUUGACACACAGAAAUCAGGCUUGUUUUCAGAAGACACCUAGAUUUCCCGUCUCUGGUGAUAAGUUCCCAAGCCAAAGGCACCAGGAUGCUGGGGGAACUUGGGGUGAUCCUUGAGGAGGGGGCAUGCAUUCACCUGUCAGCGCUGGUUCACUGAUCCCAAGUCUGGCUGAAAAGAGGCAACAGAAGUGGUUUCGAUUCGAGGACGAUCUAAUGAAGCCAUCGCAGGUCGAUCGAGAAAUCCAAGUGUAUUUUAGCUUAUGAAUUUCUUGCUACAGUAGCUCCUAGAGGAUAGCUAGUCGGUGUAGUUCUCAGCAUUGGUAUGGAGUGACGAUACAGGUGGCUAUAUACUUCAUGUCGUCUUCCAUGGCUAAUUCCCCAAACCUCCUCUGGACUUUCUAGUCAGGACAAAGAAAAAUUACGUAUUCAUUGCAAGUUUACUGGCUUAAUUUGAGCCCUC